AUGGAAAUUACUAGUAGUGAUCCCAUGAAUGAACUAGACUUGGCUAAGGAAGAACCAGUAGUUUUGGUUUCUCCCAAGAAUCCAAAUCCUAUACAGACUAUUUUCUUAUCAAACAUUGACCAAGCUGUGACUUUUCCUGUUGAAAAACUCUUCUUUUUUCACUCUCCUCCAAACAAGACCUCAUCAACACACGAAAUUGUUGAAAGAGUGAAGGAAUCAGUGGCUGAAGUGCUUCUUGUUCCUUACUAUUUCAUGGCUGGAAGACUUCACAUGAACCUUGAAACUAGUAGGUUAGAGAUUCUAUGCAACAACGCUGGAGUCUUGUUUGUGGCUGCAAAAUCAAAACUUAUGUCAAAGGAUCUUGGAGAUCUUUCUGUUCCAAAUUCUACUACAUUUCACCACUUUGUUCAUCGGCCUGGCCUAGACAAAAGUCUCGCAGAGACAGCACUUUUCACUAUCCAGGUCACCAUGUUUGCAUGUGGAGACUUCUCAAUUGGGUUUGUGACAAACCAUGCGAUACUUGAUGGAAGAUCAGCAAGUGAGAUGUUUGAGAAUCUUGCCUCUAUUUGUAGAGGUGAAGGCCUUCAAACUCAAGUUUUAUUUAAUGAUCGAACGUGCUUAAAAGCAAGAGAUCCACCUCAAAUCAAAUUCAUACAUAACGAAUAUGUAACGCAGAAAGAGAUUAGUUCAUCUCUGGCUUCUUGUUUCACUGCACCGGAUCAGGCAUCCCCGUCUCCAUUAAUAUUCUCUGAUAAAUACAUUCAAAAACUCGUUUCUUUCACUCCCCAAAUGAUCAACGCCCUCAAAGAGAAAGCCAUGACCAAGUCAUGCUCAACCUUUGAAGUCCUUGUAGCUCACAUAUGGAGAGCAAGAACAAAGGCGGUUUACACAAACCCAGAUGAGUUUUCAUCGGUUCUUUUUGCAGUGGACAUAAGGUCUAAAAUAUCACCACCUUUGCCAAAAGGUUUUGUAGGAAACGGUGUCGUUACGGCAUUUGCCACUGCAAAAGUAGCCGAUCUGGCUGAGAAACCGUUUUCAUUUUGUGUUGAAAAGAUGAAAGAAGGCCGGGAUAGAGUGACGGACGAGUACGUGAGAUCGGCCAUAGAUUGGUUGGAGGUUUAUAGAGGGAUUCCGAGAACCUGUAAUGGAAACUUCUAUGUGUCAGCUUGGUGGAAACUGUCUUUUAGUGAGCUUGAUUUUGGGUUCGGGAAGGCUGUUCAUGGAGGGCCAGUGGUGAGUGGGAAUGAAGAAUUCGUCCUUCUGCUUUCUGAUAACGGAAAGGAGAAUAUUAACGCAUUGAUAGGUCUUGAUGAAGAGAAAAUGCAGAGAUUCAUGGCGCAUCAUUUUGAGAUGUUUAUGGAACCAAGUUUUCCAUGA